ACCCUUUCAAAGAGUAACAUCAAGUACGGCAACUAACAGACAAAGUCAAUGUAACAAGCUUAAAAUUAAAUAACAUACCAAAAACAUGGAGAAAGUUUACCGAUAUGCCGCCAAACCAAAACCAGGAAUACUAAUAACAUUAGUUGUUUUAUACAUCCAAUUAUCAUCCACAAACUCUGCAGUUUCCCAACCAAGAUGUGACUACAGAAGUUGUACAUAUUAUUCGAUGUUGACGUACCAAGCGAGUUCUUUAUUUCAACUAGCAGGACUCCGUUUUUUCCAGAAUUGUACCUGUAACAGAUACGGUGUUACACUUCCGGCCAAAUUUAUUACAUCAACUCCACAACCAUCCACAUCUACAGGUUGUGGUAUCAGUCAGUUAACCGGGUCUGCGACACAGUUUUUACGAUCAAAUGCAGGAAGGGUUGUCGGGGGUACGGCAGCUGCAGAAUGUAAAUAUCCAUGGGUAGUACAUGUUAUAUCCGGUCUGUACCAGUGUGGCGGAAGUAUCAUUGAUAAUCGACACAUAGUGACAGCUGCUCAUUGUUUAAGAAGUGGUAAUUAUCUUAUCCCAGCUUCUCAAGUGGAAGUAGGCGUUGGUUCAUCUAAUAAAACCAAACUCAGUUAUUAUAAAGUCCAGUUAAUCGAUAGGCAUCCGAAUUAUAAUCCAUCUACCUUUGAUUAUGAUAUAGCUGUAUUAACCCUACAGUUUCCACUACCAGAUGAUAAUCCGUGUAUGAAACCCAUAUGUCUGCCAUCCCCCGGUUUAUCGAUUGAGGCCGGUGUUCAGUGUGUUGUGGCAGGGUGGGGAGCGCAAAUAGAAGGUUCGAGGCGGGGAUCAACCAGUUUACAAGAGGCUGUGAUACCUAUUAUGAACCAGGACGCCUGUUCAUCGGCUUAUGGCGAUUAUAUGAUGAACGAAAGGAAGUUGUGUGCAGGUUAUUCUACAGGUGGAAUAGAUGCUUGUCAGGGUGAUUCAGGAGGCCCAUUUAUGUGUGCCAAAGGUGAUUCUUGGGUGUUAGCAGGCUUAGUUUCUUUUGGGAAUGGAUGUGCACGACCAGAUAAUCCGGGUGUAUACGCCAAUGUAAUGAACUUGAAAUCGUGGUUAGAUAGGGUUAUUAUUUAACACCGAAUACAAUCAAUGGCGUUUACUUCA